AGACUAUAGAAAUAGAGUAGCGCCAUUGCGUGUGUGACAGUGAAUGUCACCGCCUGCACUUUCUCUUUCAAGGUAAAACGCCAAAAAGUCCUCCACUCAUCCACUCCACCCACCCUCAAAUUCCCAAGUCUCUUUUAUGCAAAUUGACCCCAUAUAUUCUCUCGACUUCCAUGUUCACUUCCUCACGCUCUCUCUCCAUUUUCAGCGCAACUCAUUUGCCAGAAAUAUAUUGCGACUUCUUUUCACUGCGGCCAAUGGAGUAACUGGCUGCAUGAUUGAUUGGUUACCUGCACAAAUAUUUCUGCAGCGCGAUAAGGCUCUUGACAUGACAUGCACUGUGGAUUUCAAAAUUCGAACAUUUACAUGGGCAUGCUAGAUUUCUGUCUGCUUGUUUUAUUUAGCAUGUGGCGUGUAGGGAUAAGCGCGAAAUGAAAGGGGAAAUUGAAGAAUAAUCAUAUCAAGUUCACAAAGAGAGGCAGCUGCUUUAUUGCUUGGUACUUGUCUAUGGACAUGGAAACACAAAAAAAAGAUCAACUAUAAACUUGUGAACUGAUAUCUUUCCAGUACACUGUUUCAACGUUCAUAGCUAUUGUCUUUCCUUGUAAUAUGUUGGGCAUCUUGUGUAGCUUUCUACAUUGUAAAAACAAUGUCGUAUGUUUAUCCUGGUCCUCGAAAGCAUGAAGGUACUCGCGCUUUGUUUUUGAGAAGUUGAACUUUAAGCAUCUACAUUCACUUUGAUAGCUUGUGGCACUGAGGGGUGCAGACCAAAACAUAACUUCGAUGGAGGAUGUUCAUGUGUGUACCAACUGCGAUGAUGUCAUAUGUCCAAUAUGCUUGAACUUUCCUCACAAUUGUGUACUCCUUCAAUGCUCAUCAUAUGAGAAAGGAUGUCGGCCUUUCAUAUGUGGUACAGACCAUUUACAUUCGAAUUGUUUGGACCGUUAUAAAGAAGCAAAUGGGUGGUUAUCUGGUUCAAAAUCUAGCAAACCGGCAUGCCCCUUAUGUCGAGGAGAAGUUGCUGGAUGGACAGUGGUUGAUAAGGCUCGUGCACAUUUUGAUGUGAAGAAACGUUGUUGUGAAGAGGAAAAGUGCCCGUUUACGGGCUCGUACUCGGAACUCCAAAACCACGCAGAAGUAGAGCAUCCACAUGCAUGCCCUUCAAGAGUUGAUCCUGCACGUAAGCUUGAUUGGGAGAAUUUUCAGAGAUCCUCUGAGCUUAUCGAUCUCCUGACCACUAUACAUUCACAAGUCUCAAAUGGGAUCAUUUUGGGUGAUUAUGUGGUUGAGUACGAGGAAGAUAAUUCUGAAGAUGAUGAAGACGACGACUUCCAUGGGGAUGAGGGGAACUGGUGGAGAUCUUGUGUACUAUAUCAGAUAUUUGCAAGUCUUGGAAUAUUUAGAAACAGAAGAAGGUCUAGCAUCGGUGACUCCAGAAGAGGAAGCCGUCGUGAUACUUCUAUCUCUGAUGAAGGUUCAGUGUCGCCUGCGGAAUAUGCAGAUAAUGCUGAUGAAGUUGAUGGCGAGUUUACCGGUAGAAGGGAUCUUUCGAGAGAAAGAGCCUCUCAACGCAGGUCAGGACAUUUAUAUGUUUCCCUGCUUGAUCAUUCUUGAUUAUUUAGGUUCUGCUAGUAUUUUGAAUUAUUCUUUCAAUAUACGAACAUAACAUACUUCACAUUGUCUGGCAUAAUUCACACUUACCACAAAAUAAGUUCGUGGUAUUAACUAAUUUCCCAGUAUGUCAUUUUUGAGAGCAGAAAACACGUUGGGUCUAAAUAUGUUAGGUACUUCCGUUACAAAAUCAUUUGUGGCCUACUUGAUAAAAUAAAUACUGAAUGAUAUCAUACUCUAUCUAUCUUGGUUUCUUUUGGACAUUUCUGUGAAUUUGCCUCUUUCACAUUGUGAAUCAAAUUAAACCUCAUAUUAACUAGUUCCAUGUUUUAAGUAGAAAUAGCAUAAAUCUUAGUAAAGAUUUUUCUGCAUUGAUGUGAGAAAUGAUUCCUUAGAUACUCGGAAAUGGUCAAUAUGGACUGAAAAGGACAAAAAUAAAAGCUAAACUAGUCGACUUCUAGAAAAGUUAAAAGAAUUUGACUAGUAUGAUUGUUCACACACACAAAAAUGGAGAUUCCUGUUGUUGUAAAUGUUUAUCAUCAGUAGUAAUGUCAUGCAAAUUAGCGUUUUGCUAACUCUCUUAGUUGCAGUCGGGUCAUGACCAUAUGCAUUUACUGUUAUAGCUAAUUGGCCUACAUUUAACAUUCACAAUACCUGUCUCUCAGCUCUCGAAGGCAUCUCUCCCGCUUCAGUGACAACUAGGUAUGCUCUCUCGAGAUAAAACUUUGCACUCUUCUAAAUUUACGUAUCACCUUUUUCAUCUACGGUUCUUCACAUCAAGUGUUGCGCCUUUAAUUGAACAACCGUGGUCUUGGAAGAAAAGCUUUCAGAUGGAAAACCGGAUACUAGAUCAUCGUUCGUUCUUCCUUCAAGUAACCGUACGUUUCCUCUUCAAUGGAGGAUGCGGUCUUGGUGAUAAAUGUCGCUGAUAUCUGUGUUAAUUUCUGGAAGAUCAAGUUUGAGUUCAUCUAUUUCUAGACAUAGAUCAACCUCGAGAUCAUGUAUGUAUAUAUACAACCUUGUAUAGCUACUAUGAAUUUUUGUACUGUAUAUAUAGAACCUUGGGAUGGAUAUCUUCGUCCACUUAUCUUACAGUUGUUCUUGUUCUCGUUA